CCUAGAUUGCCUCUACCCACCAGAUAUCAGGAGUGCAAUGACUUCAACUAUCGAUAAUACUUCAGAAACUUACAGUCAUUCUCAACAACAGCAGUUGGAUACGCAGUUACCCAAAAUGAGCGAUAUACCCAUUAUUGGUGAAUCAGCCCUUCAAAGCGAAAGUCCUGCAAAAAUAGAACCACUAAAUGAUAGUUCCAAUACAUUCAUUGUAUCGAACGUGCCCAGUCCAAAUGAAAAGCAGCAAGCAAAAAUCAAUACCCGCUCAAGUAAAACGGCCUUAUGGAAGGACAUUACCAAGACCACCCAAGAUAAUAUACUAGACAAAUCCUCUUUACAAGAUAUAACCAACAGUACUUUAGAUAGUGUGCAUAUUCACUGUGCAGCACUUACCAGUUUAGAUACACCCAGUAUUUCUCCUGUCAAUAGCCUCAAAUCUGGUAUUUGGUCUGGCAUGAAAAAACAUACCUUAAAACCUUCUCGAUCGUCUAAAGCUACUUUAACUACUCCGACUUCAGUAAUCAAUCAAGUUGAACGCACCAAGACUCUUUGCAAAUCGCGAGCUGAUGCGCAAAACAAGUGCAAUACAGAUCAAAAUCAAUUGGAACGUAUGCCAGAUACUGAUGUUGUUCAAAAAAUACGCUCGUAUUUUCAAUUUUCAACUCCAGUACCUGCCUACGCAAAAAAUCUUUCUAAACAUGACCUUUUUGGCUCGACAAUGGAAAUGUCUAUCCAGAAUAUUAUAUACAGCAUUAAAAAAACUCGAACUAGUAGUCGUCUACAAAAUUCUUCAGUCGACAAAAAAGACCAUACUUUUUCGACCGCUUUGGCAGAUAUGGAUAGUCUCCUCGAUAUGCACCACUGCAUGCAGCCAUCUAAAAAAAAGAUGCGCAAAGAUGCUCCAAAAUAUCCUACCAUCAGUGUACCAAAAAACGCCUUGGCGGGCGAUGUUCCUGAUCUUUUUCAAAGUCUGUCUAAUUCCGAUAGUGAUAUGGCUGUGUCUGGCACACUUUCUCCAAUUCUUCAUCGGACAAGACAUAGCCGAGACAUAGUUAAACCCACCAAUAAUACCGUGAAAGGGAAUAUGACCCCACACAUUUCAUUAUUUUACAAAAAAGCAGCCGUGUUGUCCAAAAAGCUUCGGUCGGGAACGCCUGCUACCGUACAAGAUCGAAAGGCCAUACGCGAAUCUGCCGAUAUCAUGCUCACCCAUUCUAUCCAUGAAGACGGUCCACCAACCUGGGGAAAAGUCUCUAGUUUGACACAAACCUUGUGGAACAGCAUUCCAGAGAUGGCAAAGCUUUAUAAUUCUAAACAGUAUUUAGUAUCUGGUCUUUAUUCCAGUUUUAGAUUCAAAAAGACAGGCCAAUUAAAAUCGACUGCAAAAAAGAACUUUGCUUUUCCGCUUCCAUUUCAAUCUGGUAAUGCCAUUUUAAACACCGACGUAGAUUUUGAGCUUCCUUAUGAUUUGCAGCAUUUUGUAAAAAUAUGUAACGGCGUUGAAGGGAUGAGGACCCUUUUUAAUGAAGAGGAAGCAAGCCCUUUUAUCCAUAUUCAAAAAAAUGUUUGGGUAGACCGUCGCCCAUUAGACGUGCCGUUUGAUUUUGAAUCCAUCUGUCAAUGCAAGCUGCCAAAGGAUGGUUCGCCGCCCUGUGAAUGUGGAGACAACUGUCCAAUGGGUGAUUGCUGCACUAACCGGGCAUUUCGACGCAAUGAACAGAUUGAAAAACUACGAGUCUUCUAUGCUCCCAAUCGAGGUUUUGGUCUAUACACAGAUGUCCCGAUAAAAGCUGGGGUUUUAAUUAUCGAAUAUCGAGGGGAAAUUAUUUCUACCGCCAAAUGCAUUGAGCGCAACGACACUAUAUAUUCUGGACAAAAAAAUCACUAUUUUUUGGAAUAUGGAAAUGGUCUGGUAUUGGAUGGAUGCCGAAAAGGAACAAUAGCUCGGUUUGCUAACCAUUCGUGUGAUCCAAACUGCCAUGUUGAGAAAUGGUAUGUUGGGACAGAGUUCCGGGUAGGGAUUUUUGCAACAAACAAUAUUUCAGUUGGAAGCGAGCUGACCUACGAUUACAGAUUUGAUUCGUACGGUCAAAUGCAGCCCUGUUAUUGUGGCUCUCAAAACUGCCGAGGAUUUAUUUGUAUCAACAAGAAAGCACCUGCUGGAGAUACAGCUUCAAAAUCAAAGGCAUCGCAUACUGGCAAUAAACUUUCAUCUGCAAGCAAUGCGGCUUUGCAGCAAGAGAAUCGUUCUGCUCUCUUAGCUCAUCGACUGUAUCUGGAAAAAAAGCAAAAGCAAGAGUCACAAGAGAGUCGAGAACAGGCGGUUCACGGACGAACUUUACGUGCUCUACAGCGACGUCGUUCCAUUGAUCUUACAUGA